AUGAUGACGAAAUCGAUUAAGAAUGGCGAUGAAUGUAUGGACAUAGUACAGCCAUCUUACGUGGAGGAGCUACCUCGCCAUCUCAGCAUGAUGAGUAUUUUCGGCCUGUCAUUUGCUAUCAUUGCCGUUCCAUUCGGGCUAAGUACAACAUUGUACAUUGGACUCAUCAACGGACAAUCGGUAUCUAUAUUUUAUGGGUGGAUUCUCAUGUCCAUCCUAUCCACCUGCAUCGCAGCGUCUCUGGCCGAAAUAUGUGCCGUCUAUCCCACUGCUGGUGGAGUUUAUUAUUGGGCAGCGCUUUUAUCUAACGAAAAAUGGGGACCUAUUGCCUCUUGGACUACAGGUUGGCUUUACCUGGUCGGUAAUUGGAUGUCAACAUGUUCCAUCGCGUUUGGUGGAUCUCAAUUGAUUCUUUCAGCACCGACUCUAUUCUCGGAUGAAUAUUCGCCAACCGCGGUGCACACAGUCCUUACAUUCUGGGCCAUUCUGUUGCUUUGUAUGCUGAUCAACAUAUUUGGGGUUAAGUUGCUCGACAGUAUCAACAAACUCUGUAUCUGGUGGACCGGCGUAACCGUUAUUGCGGUUUUGGUCGUCCUCCUGGCAAUGUGCAAAGAAAAAAGAAGUGCAGGGUUUGUUUUUACACAUUUUGAUGCCUCGGAAAGUGGCUGGUCCGAUGUAUGGUCAUUCUGUAUAAGUCUACUUCAAGGAGCAUUCACACUCACUGGCUACGGGAUGAUAGCAGUGAUGUGCGAGGAAGUCCAGAACGCCGAACGAGAAGUUCCAAGAGCAAUGGUUCUAUCAGUCGUGGCAUCUGGUUUCACGGGCAUCAUCUACCUGCUCGCCAUUCUCUUCGUCUUGCCAGAAGUUGCGCCCCUCAUACAAAUCGCAAAUACAGGUCAGCCAAUCGGUAUGCUAUUCCGCGAUGCAACGAAUUCCCCCAUUGCAGGUGUCAUUUUGCUCCUGCUUGUCGUUGGAAUCAUGUUCUUCGCUUGCAUUGGUGCUAUGGCGACGGCAUCCCGAUGCGCCUAUGCCCUUGCGCGUGAUAAAGCGAUCCCGGGACACAGAUAUUGGAAGAAGGUGGACGAUCGAUUCGAGAUUCCCCUUCUAGCACUGAUUCUCACCGUCAUAGUCAUCAGUCUUCUGGGACUCAUCUAUCUUGGCUCGUCUGCCGCUUUCAAUGCUUUUACUGGCGCUACUGCGAUAUGCCUUUCUGCCGCCUUUGUGUCUCCUGUCGUUAUCUCAGUUAUUCAAGGCCGCAAAGACCUCAAGGGCUCCCCUUUACUCCCUCGGAAGAUUCGGGUGGACCAUUAA